AUGAAGGUAUUUUAUAGCCUCGUUGCGGCCCUUCCACUGGCUAUGAGUGCGACACUUAGCCAGCGCUCCAUCAUCUGUCUUGAAGUCGGCGCCACGGCCACCGCGACAUGGACGAACCGUGACGGGCAGACAUGUUCGUUUGUCGGUGUGGUUGGAAGUGACUAUGGAACCAACAGCAAUGGCUCCGGAGAUUACUCGUGUAAUGGCCGAUGCGGUGCCGGAUGUACUGGAACCGCGAUUGGCGAUGUAUACACGCAGGACUGUUUCUCGCAUGAUAUCUGUUCGUACUUCAACAAUGCCACCGGCGGUUCCAGUGACCCGAACUGCGGAGAUGCCUAUGAUGCUGCGGUGGAUGAUACAGUCGGGGGGGCAGUGGCAGGAUGUUCGCAGACAAACCCCUCAAGUGCGGUGUCAAAGCCGGCGACCAGUCCGACGUGUGCAUGA